UGGUUGAUGUGAUAAGAUAUUAACGAUAGUUUAAUAUCCACAAAGCAAUUUGCAGUUUUAAGUCAUUUCAGUUUAACUGAGUUUAUUGGGAUUCGACUCCGUCGCGAAAUUUUAAUUUUUCUUCUUUUAGCAGGAUCGAAUCCAUCUAAAAAGAGUUCAGCUGCCUGCAAUUUAACAGAAUUAGGAAACACAAUUGCUGCUCAAUUCUCAUAAUUAUUCUCUCUCUUCCGCUGCAUUAAAGGAAGAAGAGAGAGAAGUUUGAGCGCAGCAGCUGAGAAGCUUAAACCGCAGUACCAAUAUUUUGAAGUGCAUUCCUUUUCAGGAGCUCACGAGAGCAUUCGACGGCUGAAACUCUCGAGCAUUAUGCAUGUCUGGCCCUGUGGCCACUGCGAGUAAUGUUGAAAUUGAAAGAGGACUCUCUAUAUCUAACCGGACAAAGUCACUUGAUUCCUCAAUAUCUAAUGAGAAAAGCUGUAUAAAUGAAUCUAAUGGAGAGGUUUCUCAUUCUUCGUUAGAAACUUUCAGCUUCAGAGCUGGAAAGAUCUUUUUGGGCAAUGGAGAGUCUUAUUCUGGAUUCCUGCAUGGCAAUGUGCCGGAGGGGGCAGGGGAUUAUGUCUGGUCAGAUGGUUGUAAAUAUGAGGGUGAGUGGAGAAGUGGGAUGAGGCAUGGGCAUGGAAAACUUCAAUGGCCAUCUGGUGCCAUCUACGAAGGUGAGUUUUCAGGUGGUUAUAUGCAUGGUAAUGGAACGUAUACUAGACCUGACAAAAUGACCUACAAGGGUCGGUGGCGGUUGAAUUUAAAGCAUGGUUUGGGGUAUCAAGAUUUCCCAAACCGAGAUGUGUUUGAAGGAUCAUGGAUCCAGGGUUCCCCUGAAGGACCUGGGAAGUACACUUGGGCCAACAGAAAUGUGUAUUCAGGAAAUAUGAAAGGGGGCAAAAUGUCCAGUAAGGGAACUCUCACUUGGAUUAAUGGUGAUUCAUAUGAAGGCAACUGGUUGAAUGGUAUGAUGCAUGGGUUUGGAGUAUACACAUGGGUUGAUGGCGGUUGCUAUGUUGGAACUUGGACACGGGGGCUGAAGGAUGGGAAAGGUACAUUUUAUCCAAAUGGAAGGAAGCUUCCAGCUAGUCAGCAGUUGUAUCUCAAUGCUUUGAGAAAAAAAGGACUGCUACCUGACCAUAGAAAGCAGAAUCAGGUUUCCCAUAUUCAACAUGAAACGGCAACAGAUGUGGGAGAUGCUAAGGUUGGUUCGAACCGAGCUUCAGUUGAGAAUGCAUCUGAUAAACUCUCCAAGGGAGGCCUACUACAUCUGGAACAAUCUCACACCUCAAAUGUGUCCCUUGAAAGGCGUUGGAGCCUUGAGGUUUCCAUUGAGAAAGUUUUAGGGCAUGUGAGGUCAUCGAGUGUCUCUGAUAGCAUUCUGGGAGGUGAAGAAGAUGAAGACUUAACUUCUCCAAUACUGGAAAGAGAAUACAUGCAAGGGGUACUGAUCACUGAAAUCGUAUUAAACAACCGCUUUUCACCAACCUCAAGAAGAGCAAAUAGGCGGCAAAAGAAACUUGCAAGAGAUAUAAAGAGGCCAGGCGAACAAAUUAUCAAAGGCCAUAGGAGUUAUGAUUUGAUGUUAAGUUUGCAGCUCGGAAUUAGAUAUACUGUGGGUAAAAUUACCCCCAUACAAAGGCGAGAAGUCAGGACUACUGAUUUCGGUCCUCGUGCCAGCUUUUGGAUGAAUUUUCCUAAAGAAGGCUCACAGUUGACACCUUCGCAUCAGUCUGAGGAUUUCAAGUGGAAAGAUUAUUGCCCUAUGGUUUUCAGGAACCUGAGAGAGUUGUUUGGAAUUGAUGCUGCUGACUACAUGAUGUCAAUCUGUGGAAAUGAUGCCCUAAGAGAACUUUCAUCUCCGGGAAAGAGUGGCAGCGUUUUUUUCCUGUCUCAAGAUGAUCGUUUUAUGAUCAAAACACUGCGGAAGUCUGAAGUUAAGGUUCUGCUGAGGAUGCUUCCAAACUAUCAUGAUCAUGUGCGCAGAUAUGAUAAUACCCUCAUAACAAAGUUUUUUGGUCUUCACAGGAUUAAACCUUCUAGUGGUCAAAAGUUUCGCUUUGUUGUAAUGGGGAAUAUGUUCUGCACGGAGUUACGAAUCCAUCGGAGAUUUGAUCUUAAAGGUUCUUCAUUGGGGCGAUCUGCUGACAAAGUUGAAAUUGAUGAGAAUACUAUACUUAAAGAUCUGGAUUUGAACUACUCCUUCUAUUUGGAACCAACUUGGCGAGAUGCACUUCUAGAGCAGAUCAAAAUAGACAGCAAAUUCUUGGAAUCAGAGGACAUAAUGGAUUACAGCUUGUUACUCGGAGUUCAUUAUCGAGCACCACAACAUCUACGCUCUCUAAUGUCUUAUAGCCAGCGCAUCUCUGUGGAUGCAUUGGGGAUCGUCGCUGAAGAUGAGUCCAUGGAGGAUGAAAUAUCACCACAAGGCCUUGUUUUGGUCCCACGCAGUUCUGACGACAGUAGUGUGGUUACGGGACCACAUAUUAGAGGCAGCCGACUGCGUGCGGCAUCCUCAACUGGGGAUGAGGAAGUAGAUCUUCUCCUCCCGGGAACAGCAAGGCUCCAGAUCCAACUUGGGGUGAAUAUGCCAGCAAGAGCCGAGAAACUUCAUGGGGAUGAUGCUAGGGAAACGUUUCAGGAGGUUUAUGACGUGGUCUUAUAUUUGGGCAUUAUCGAUAUCCUGCAAGAGUACAAUAUAACUAAAAAGAUAGAACAUGCCUACAAAUCCGUGCAAUUUGAUUCGGUGAAGAUCUCUGCUGUUGACCCGAAAUUCUACUCAGAACGCUUUCUGGAAUUCAUCCAAAAGGUGUUUCCAUCAAAUGGUGUCCCAGGAUAGAACAGCAGAGUGAUCUCAUUGUCAUUUUGGCUAAUGAAAACAGCCAGAUUUUCCAACGAUAAAAAAGCUUCAGUGGAAUCCAUUUUGCUGGCUGAAUAUUUGUGGAUCUUGUGCUAUUUGUAUGUAAUAGGUUGAGCAGAGCUGAUCGACUCUGUUCUGAGACCAUGCAUAAACUCUGUAAUUUUGUUAUGUAUUCAACGAAUUUCCUUAGUAAAUAAACACUUAGAUUUAAUUUGUCAAA